UUAAAAUUAAACUGAGGUGUCUGCAAAUGCAAGUCCAGGAAUGGAUCCACUGUCUCCAGCUGCACUAACAUAGCUCAAGGACAACACUUCAGGACUGCCAGAAUGUCCAAAUAUAGAAAAAGAAAUCAUCGCAGAAGAAGUCUCAGUGCUGGUGGCAGCAUCAGCCUGGCCUUGGCUGUCCUGCUGCUCUUUGCGCUGUGGCUGCAGCUGUGUGCCGCACGCAAGGUGCGACCCAAAAGAGCCGCCCGUGCGGGUCCACAAAUCUGGCGCGAGGGUUACUCCGGCGAUGGCACCACGCACGAGCAGCUGGGGCAGGUACACUUUCCGCCCGUUCAGUUUUCCAAAUUCCAGCCGGUGAUGAAUUACACAGCGCGAGACAAGUCCACGAGAUCGCUGGAUGGUCUGUUGAAAUUCUCGCGCACUUUCUACGAUAAAAUAUUUCCACUCGUUUCGCGCGUGCCCAGAGGCUACUUGCAGUUUGUGGGCACGGAUCACAUGAGAAUGGGCCCGAAGGUGGAUAAGAAUGAUUGGGCCGCUUGGCUGUCUGCCCAUUGGAUGUUUUGGCUUUGGGUGAUCUUUCUCGUGGCACUCAUUAUCCUGAUGCCCCUGCUAGGCGUGUUGUAUUGCUGCUUUUGUUGUUGUCGCUGCAGGCAGGGCUGUCCGCCCUGCAUGACGGUGGAGAAUCGACGACGACGCUUUAUCUUGGGCGGUUGUCUGGCUCUACUCAUUAUACUGAUCGGUUUGUGCAUGGCUUUGGCUUUCUACUCAAAUGGCUUGCUGGAACGUGGCCUGGCCAAGACCAAGAGAACGCUGGAAAUAGGCAGCGUGGACACUUGCAAUUUCCUAUACUCCGUGGAGGCGCAUGUCAAUCAUUUGCUUGUGAAAAACUAUGAGGAAUUGUCCACGCAUCUGGUGGCCAUGAUCAUGAACGCACCCCAGCACAUAGCUGCGGACCUAAACGAUGCUUCGGAUGCCAAUUCCCUUGUGGAAUUGGAUCGUAUAUUUAGCAAUUUUGAUUACAUAUCAGACGUGCUCGAAAGUGGUCAAUACACUGACAAAAUGGUCAGAGUCACGGCCAUGCGUUUAAGAGAUGCUUUGAGGGGCGUCAAACGUGACGUGAACUUUGCGGCAACUGUACUUUGUGGCAGCAUGGAGUGCAUCAAGUUUUUGGGUCGCACUGAAAUCGAAUAUCUCGACACCUCACGCUGCUUGCAUCCGGAAAAGAUGCCCGAAAUUGAUUCCAUUCUGCCCAGCAUGAAGGCACUUAUCGAGCAUAUGCACCGGCCCGGGGAGGCACUCGAAAAGUUGCACGAGAUGACCGUGCUGAUUACAGAGGAAUUGGAACGCGUCGCUGCACCCAUCAUUCGGGACAUACAGAAGGGAAGGAAGUUGUUUAAAAAGCAGGCAGAUCGCAUCAAUGAAAUCAUCGAUGUGGUCAUCAGUGACAUACACCUGUACACGCUGCGCACCACGCGAGCAUUCGAUGAUCUCUACGAUAGGUUCAAUGAGACGCGUUACUAUGCGGUGCUGUACAUCUCCGUGUCGGUGAUUGUGAUCCUGAUUCUACUGAUCUUUGCCCUGAUUUUUGGCAACUUUGGCAAACGUGUCACUGGCGUGGAGGAUGGUGUCUUAAGCCAAAAGAUUGGUUCGUACUUUUUGUUAGUCGCCAUGGUGCUGAUAUUCUGUGUGGUAUCCAUUAUGCUUAUGAUGAGCCUGUUCUAUGUUGUCAUUGGCGCUGUGGCUUACAAAGGCGCCUGCGCGCCACUUUACGCACAAAAGUCGGCGCCAGCCAAGCCCAUCGAUGAGCCCAGAUCAGAGGGCGAAGAGAAUGAUCGAGAGCGCAGUGGCAGUACGGCAUCCAAGCUAUCAAAUCUCAUCAACGAGUGUGAGGGUGAGAACAUGAUCUUCCAGUAUUUGCGUGAGAAUCGCAUCUAUGAUGUGGAUGACAUGGUGCGCAUGCGCGUCAUGUCCCCCAUGGAAUCCAAUUUUGAGCUCUUUGAGGAUGUGGAUCUAUCGAAUUUCACGCUAGUCACCGAGGAGGAUAAGGAGGUGUACUUGUCGGUGUCGAAGCAGGAGUUGGGUAUUAUACAUCCCUCGCUGUGGUAUGAUCAUCUGUGCUACGAUUAUGUGCCCAUUCCUUUCGAUAAUUUGGCACUGGCGCUGAAGAGAAUGGCCAAAUCGUUGUCGUGGAACAACUAUCGUGGGGCGAGGUCUGCCUUUGAGAAUGAAUACAUAAAUCUGCUCACAUUCUAUUGGGCAUACGCACCCACUCUGAAUGGACAUAUCUCUGAUUUGAUUACAGUCGUUGAGGAUGUCGACGAAUCGAUUCUCUAUCAACACUACAACUUUGGCGACUCGCUGCGCAUUCUGCUGAAAAAUGUUCUAAGCACUGAGAUGUUUAUACGCGAUCUGGGCAAGACGUAUCUGGCGAACAUUGGCAAAAACCUAACCGCUGUGAUCAAUGAACAAAUCGAUGACUACAUCAAGAUGGUUGUCUACGAUGCGAAUCACGAAAUUGGAAACUGUCAGCCGCUGAGUUACAUUUAUGAUCGCAGUUUGGAUACAAUUUGCAGUGAAAUGGUUGACCCCAUAAUUGGCUAUUGGAUGGGCAUUGUGUUGUCUGCCUUCCUGCUGAUGAUUGUCCUGUGUAUAAGCCAUCGUUUGCAGUGUGUGUACAGGCAGAUACACUUGAAGCCAUAUGUGCCUGUUAAGGUGACAUCAGGUGCGAGCUGUCCAUUUUGCAUGACGCGAUCGCAGAGGCUGGCUGGUGGUGAUUGUGACUGCCUUUCUCCCAGUGUCACAAUUAUCGAUGUGGAACAGGCAAAUCAUCCCAAAACCAGCAGGGAUACAACUGAGUCCAGCAUGGAUGGCAAGAACAAGUUAGAUUAGCAAAUGGUAGAGAGACAUUGUUCAAAAAGGAAUUUCGGAGUGUAUUACGGCCCGUUCAAAGCCACUAACUUUGCUCAUGGCGCUGUGGGCUGACUUUGAAUUCCCAUUCCUGGACUUAUUUUCAAUGGCAAAACGGUACAUUUUCCUUCCUUUUUUAUAUCCUUGAUCACUUAUGCUUGGCAUAGACACACGCUAUAUCGAAAUAUUUACACACGCGACUCCUAAAUAUAU